CUGAAAAUAUAUUAUUCAAACCAUAAGAGAAAAAGAAAGAAAGGAAACGAAUUUCGAAUUCAAACGUUUUCCCUUAUCUAGAGAUUUCAUUGUGUUUCGAUUAGUGAGAAUUUCUGGGUUUCUGGUUUUGUGAUUAUGGAGAGCAAGUCGGCGAGCCAGGGACGGAAGGUGGUUCGGGUGGUUGCUAGGGUUAAUCCAUCGGCCGAUCCGGUUUCACAAGCUUCAACGAAUUCAAUAUCGGUUCACAAGCCCAAUGGAGACGAAUCGGAGACUGUUUCGAUAUCUUUUGGAGCUCAAUUCGCUGGCUCGAAAGACUCAUAUAAAUUGGACUACUGCUACGAAGAAAAUGAAAGCACAGGUUUGAUUAUCACGAAGGAGAUAAAACCUCUUAUCUCUACUGUCUUUGAGGGUAAGGACGCAAAUGUGAUCGCCCACGGAGCAAGGUGUAGCGGUAAAACACAUCUAAUCCAGGGAUCUGAGAGGGAACCUGGUAUAGCCAUCCUUGCAAUGACUGAGAUGUUAUCCAUGGCUGAGGAAAGGGGAGAAUCAAUUUCGGUAUCAAUUUAUGAGGUCUCUCAUGAAACCGUGUAUGACAUCUUAGACAGAGAAAAGCGAGUGGUUUCUGUACUAGAAGGUGCACAAGGGAAAAUUCAACUAAAGGGGCUUUCCAAGGUACCUGUGAAGUCACUCUCAGACUUUCAAGACUUAUACUUUGGUCUCAAGAAAAACCAGAAGCUGACCAGUGACCCUCCACUUAGAAGCCAUAAGGGUGUGAUGAUACAUGUUAACACUGGCAACGCCAAUUCAGGCUCCCUUGGGAGGAUGAACUUUCUUGAUAUGGCAGGAUAUGAAGACUCCAGGAAACAAAAUAGUGUUGUAGCUCCUCUAGAGAUUACCAGAAUAGAUAAGUCGAUAUAUGCAUUACAGAAUGUCAUGUAUGCUCUCAAUGCAAACGAAUCUCAUGUGCCAUAUCGGGAGAGCAAACUUACUCGCAUGCUGAAAGAUUGUUUACAAGGGUGCAACAGAACAUUGCUGAUCACUUGUUUGCACCGGGAAUUUAGCCAAGACUCUUUUUACAUGCUAAACUUAGCAUCACGGAUCUGUCUAGGCAGUAACCGAGUCAUGACUAGUGUUACUAAGAAGAGCCACGGUAUUGCAAGAUCUAUUUCAUCAUCCUCUGCCGCUCAACGGAGACAGACACCUUUGGCUGUGUCUGCUACUUCUAAACAACAGACAGGACUCAGGGGAAAUGUGACAGAGAGAAAGACUAAACUCAACACUUCCGCUUCUGCAAUCAAAGGAAGGAAACUGUUCGCUGAAGCAACUAAUUCGGUGAAUUGUAAAAGUAACCGUAGGAAGAUGGAAGGCAAAGCAAGGAUGGGAGUGAAAAAGGAAAUCUCUACUUCAAAGGUUGUCUUAAAAGUUCAGGCAUCCUCGUCUGAAGAAGAAGUUUGCUCCUCGUUUGUUGUUUCAGAUUUGCAAACUUCUGUGGCAGAAGAGGAAAACUCUGCUCUGGACUUCUCAAGUUCUGAAGUAAUCAAUAGUAUCGACAUUUCUACCAUUAAUCUUCAGGAGACAACCCCGAUACAUGAGGAAAGGUUUUCAGAAGCCACUUAUUGUGAUGAAGGUACCGCAGGCAAAGCUCCAAUAGUAGAGAAAGAUGAACACAAUUCAGCCAUUGCAGAAGAUCUGAAUCUGGUUAAUGAAGGUGAAAACUUGGACAAAGAAAACAACAGUUUGCUAGCCAAUGAAACUUCAUCACCACCUCUCAGCCUGCGCCUUCAAGAACUAUCCAACACUUUGAAGUCGAUAUGCAAAACCUCAAACCAACCAUCGGCACCUGAGAAGUAUCAAACUGCCCUAUCUAAAUUACAUGUGGAAGAAGAAUCAGAGAAUAGCGACAUUACUGCUGAAGCUGAAGAGCUAAGAACACCGGAGAAAAGUAUGCCUUCAAAUAUUGCUUUUAGUCCAUGGAAGACAUUCAGUGCACAUAGCUCAAAGUUGAAGAAUUCUGCUGUUGGAGAGUAUCUAAAGUUCUUAAACACAGCAGAUAAAGAAGAUCUAAAGAGGCUUAAGGGUAUUGGAGAAAAGAGAGCGACUUACAUAGUUGAGCUCCGCGAAGAAUCUCCUGAACCAUUCAAGAAGCUUGAUGACUUGAAAGACAUCGGUCUCUCAGAAAAACAGAUUAAGGGAUUGCUGAGGAAAGAGAUUGGGGAUAUUUUCGAUUAGCUGAAGAACAUUCUCUAUGGUCACAGCAAGGUCUGAUGGGAGGCAACACGAAGUUGCUCUAGUAAGAGUUUGAAGAUUCUAUUUGUAAUCAAUAAUUAGCAAGUUAUGUCGUUGAGUGUGUGUUGCGUUUUAUGAGAAUUGUGUCCUGAGUCCUGACCUUUUACUGUUAGAUAAUUUGUGUUUUU